GGAAGGAGAAGCUGAUCUUCACAGAUCCUGAAAUAUUUGUUGGCUCCUCAAACCCUUCCCCUUUCCACGAACGCCUCCUUCACUUUCCUCCCUUUGCUUAUAUAAGAUACUUCUCACUCCCUCAGUUUCCAUCACUCCUAUUCACAACCUUAUUACGAGCAGCUAGCUAUCAAAAUCUCCAGCUCCUCCUUUCCACGUCCGUACAGAUUUAAGUACAAUUUAGCCACAGAUCAAAUGGCUCAAUAUUUGGCGCUAGAUAAUACGGUCGACUUCGAGGACUACUUCCCGUCCAUGAUUGCACGGCUGGGAGCAGAAGGGUUUAUAGGGGAGCUCUGCAACGGGUUUCGUUUGCUGAUGGAUUGCGAAAAGGGGCUCAUCACGUUCGAGAGCUUGAAGAGGAACAGUUCUCUGCUAGGAUUGCAUGACAUGGGGGAUGACGAGCUUGUUUGCAUGCUGCUGGAAGGUGAUCUUGACGGAGAUGGGGCGCUGAGCCAGAUGGAGUUUUGCAUUCUCAUGUUUAGGUUGAGCCCUGGCUUGUUGGAUGGAACUAAAAGAUGGGUGGAAGAUUUUGAUGUAGUAACUGAACGAAGCUAGCUAAGACUUGUUUAAUUGUUUUCGUAUCAAAUAAUUCCCUCAUUCAUCCAGAGAAAAUAAAAACAAAAUCCACCCCAACCAAAAGGGUUUAAAUAAUUUCAUGCA